AUGUCACAACAGGCCUCCGCCGCAGCACCCGUCUCGACGGAAUCGAAGAAGCGCCUCGCGCUCGCCAUCAUCGACUUCCUGAACACGUCGACGCGCGACGGCACGCUCUCGUCCGAGGACAGCGAGUCGAUCGAGAUCGCGACCAGCUGCAUCGCCGAGUCGUUCAAGGUCGACCCGACCGACACCAAGGCCAUGGCGGACGCGCUCGGCGGACAGAACCUCGCCUCGAUCUACUCGGUCUACGAGAAGCUCAAGGGGCGCACCACGCCCUCCACCGAAGGCGCGUCGUCGGCCAAGGAAGCCCGCCCCAGCACUCCCACCACCGCAACCACACCCGAGAGCAAGAAGGCCGAAGCCGAGCGCCUCAAGGGCCAGGGCAACGCCGCCAUGCAGAAGAAGGACUACGACACGGCCAUCUCCUUCUACACGCAGGCCCUCGACCUCGUCCCGCUCAACCCCAUCUAUCUCUCCAACCGCGCCGCCGCCUACUCCGGCUCCGGCCGCCACGAAGAGGCCAAGCAGGACGCCGAGAUGGCCACGGCCGCCGACCCGGCCUACACCAAGGCGUGGUCGCGCCUCGGGCUCGCCCGCUUCGCCCUCGGCGACGCAAAGGGCAGCAUGGAGGCCUACGAGCAGGGCAUCAAGGCCGAGGGCAACGGCGGCAGCGAGGCCAUGAAGCGCGGCUACGAGACGGCUAAGCGCCGCGUCGAGGAGGAGGGCGGCGUCGCUGGUGCGCGGUCGGGCAGCCCGCCGGGCGGUGCGGGUGGUAUGCCGGACUUGUCUUCCCUCGCCAGCAUGUUGGGCGGAGGCGGCGCUGGUGGUCAGGGCGGCGGCAUGCCCGACUUCGGCGCCCUCAUGAAUAACCCCAUGCUCCGCCAGAUGGCCCAGAACGUCAUGAGCAACCCGCAGCUGAUGCAGAACAUGCUCAGCAACCCUCGCCUGCGCGAGAUGGCUGAGCAGUUCGGCGGCGGCGGCGGCGGCGCUGGUGCUGGUGCUGGUGCCGGCGGUGCUGGUGGCCAGGGCGGCGGUAUGCCCGACUUCAGCCAGAUGAUGCAGGAUCCCAGUAUCAUGGAGAUGGCAAGGAACCUCAUGGGCGGCGGCGGUGCCCCCGGCGGUGGUGCCGGUGGUGCAGGUGCCGGCCGUGGUGCUGGCAGCCAGUAG